AACUCAACUCAAUCCUCUCCUCUCUUCCAGGGGCUGAAGUCAAUUUUCUGCUCUCUGGGUGCAGACCGCUUGUUGUUUUUCACUCAGGUCUACCUGAUCCCGGUGGCCUUCCUGCUGGUGCUGGUGAUCGGGCUGUCUCUCAACUGCCUGGUUCUGUGGCUCACCUUCCACCACACCCGGCAUUGGAACCGGAGCACCUUGUUCCUCUGCAACCUGACUCUGGCCGACACCACCUGGAUCCUCACCCUACCCUUCCUCAUCCACUACCACUUUGUGGGGCUGCAGUGGAUAUUUGGUAGCCUGGUCUGCCGGGCGGUGAGGUGCCUCUACCACGCUUGCUUCUACUCCAGUAUCUACUUUGUGACUUGCAUCAGUCUGGACCGCUACCUGGCCAUAGUCCACCCAGCUCGGUCCCUCCUGCUGCUGAACAAGCGGCACUCCCUGUACAUCUGCUCCGCCAUCUGGGUGCUGGCCAUUGCGGUCAGCAUCCCAACCGCCCUGAUGACAUUCGCCAUCCCCUGCUCCAGCAACCACACGGUCUGCACCCUCUACAUCUUCUCCUAUGACCCAGGCCGGGCGCUGCCCUACUCUGUCAUCAGUACCGUGACUGGCUGCGUCCUGCCCUUCACUGCCAUCUGCUUCUGCUAUUGGAACUGCACCAAGAAGCUCAAGAGACACCACCUCCAAUGCGAGCAGAAGAAGAAGAAGCUCUUCCGGUUGAUGUACUCCGUCCUGAUCAUCUUCGGCCUCAUGUACCUGCCUUACCACCUGGUGAGGAACGCGUGCAUCAUGGUGCGAGUUCUGCGGGCCCACCAGACUUGGCUGAUCCACAACUCCGACGCUGGCUUCUUGAUAGAGAUGGCCUUCUGCAGCUUGAACACCUGCCUCAACCCGUUCUUCUAUUUCGUGACCAACGGCAGCGCCAAGAAUUCUCUGAGAAAAACCCUCUCCACUUGUUGUGGAGCAACCAAACAGGUGGUUCGGCUCAAAGUGGCAGCAAUCCAUCCAGUCUAGAAGGCUCGGUAUUCCAGGCGUUUGCCAUCCACCUUAUAUCCUGCGAUGUUCAUUUGUCACCAUGGAAUCCAAGCCCUUUGCAAAAAUUGUACGGUACAACGUGGUCAUAAGGAUAUUUGCACACUUAUCCCAUGGUACUGUUGACUCACCCUCAGCACUUAACGUAGCCAACAAAUAUUUGACUUGCCUGACCCGCUGAGUUACACCAGCACUUUGUGUCUCUUUGUGUCUGAUUGGCCAAAAGGGAACAGUGAAAUUCUUACUUCCAGCGGCACGGAAACACAACGCAUGUAGAUAACAUACGAGGCCAAGAAAAGGUUCAAUAAAUGAUGUUAGUAAAGCAAUAUAUGCCUGAAGUUCCUAGUGAAACCAAGGCAGUUCGCAAUUUAUGUGUUUAGGGAGGAACUGCAAAUGUUGGUUGAAACUGAAGAUAGACACAAAAAGCUGGAGUUGCUCAGCGGGACAGGCAGCAUCUCUGGAGAGAAGGAAUGGGUGGUGAUCAGGGUCCAGCCAUCCGAAGAAGGGCCUCGUCCCAAAACAUCACCCCAUUCCUUCUCACCAGAGAUGCUGCCCAUUUGUUACUCCAGCAUUUUGUGUCUAUUUGUGAUACAAGACAGUCUGACUGAGUUUUUUGACAAGAUGAAUAAGGAAAUUGAUGA